AUGGUUGAUGUUCAGUUUAACACACAGAUACAGGUGUUCCGCAACAACAAUGGAGGUGAAUAUGUGACCUCUGAAUUGCGCAAAUACUUGGAUCACCAUGACAUCAUACAUCAAACUACACGUCCUUAUACCCCACAACAUAAUGGCAUAGCCAAAAGGAAAAAUCUGCACCUCCCUGAGGUUGUCUGUGCAUCCGUACUUAAAGCUCAUUUACCAUCAUCAUAUUAG